UAAUCACCAGUCCUUCGAUUUCUAAUAAAAGAAUAUCAGUCCGAAUAAGGAAACUUACCCUGCUAGUACCAUAGUCACUGGGUAGUUAUUGAAGGUUAAACUGGGGGUGUUGGGAGAGGGACAUUGCUGGUGAAUAAUUAAUGGUGAAUGAGCACAUUUCAUUUCACUUUACCCCCAAAUCUUCCUAAAAUCUUUUAGUUUUAGACGACUAACGUGUGCUGGACAAAGUAGUAGAGCAUCGUCAAAUGCAUGAACCAAUAAAACUAUACCUUGUCUCUGUCGGUGGAAACCUCCCUCACGAUAUCAGAACCCACAUCCGCCCUCAAUCACUCCCUAGUCAGUAGCUCCCAUACCUGCUAACAUUUCCACUUCUUUCCCACCACCACGUCCAAAAAAAUUUAUAAGAAAAAUGCUUCCGGCCUGCUCCAACAACCCAAUCUCAUCAUCAUCAUCAUCAUCUUAUUCGUCGGACCUCCAUAAUUUAAAGAAACCCAAAACCCCUGAACACCACCUUCCCAUGAAGAACGCCACCACCUUCAAUUUCCUCCACACCCACAUCUCUGCCAACCCUCGAUUCUGGCUCUUAGCCGCCUUUCUCUCUGUCCAAGCUCUCAUUCUUUUCAUCACUCGUUCUGCACCGCUCUCUCUUUCCCCUAAGCCCCCAGCAACGAACCAACCCCAUUUUAUCCAGCAUCGCUUCCCUACCGAAAGUGAUGUCCGUGACCAACGCAGCAACAGGCCUUCCAUUCCCGAUGACCCGGAAUGCCAGUCCGGCAGGGUCUACAUCUACGACAUCCCUUCUAUGUUCACCAAGGACUUGGUGCUUUCCGAAUGCAACGAUCUUCAUCCGUGGAGAUGGCAAUGCGGCAUUGGUCCCAACGACGGCUACGGCAAAGACGCCGUUGAGCUCGCCGGAAUUCUGCCGGAUAAUUUCGUUCCGGCCUGGUACCGUACCAACCAAUUCUCUUUAGAACUUAUCUUUCACUACCGCAUGUUAAACUACAGGUGCAGAACUCGGGAGCCAGAGUCUGCUACGGCGUUCUACAUGCCCUUCUACGCUGGACUGGCGGUUGCCAAGUACCUCUGGAUCAACGACACUGCCAAGCGUGAUUGGCAUUGCAAUAUGUUCCUCAAGUGGGUCAAGAACCAAACCUACUGGCAGAAGAACAAGGGCUCGGAUCAUUUCAUCACGCUGGGCCGCAUCACAUGGGAUUUCCGCCGGUUAUCCGAUCCGGGAAGAGAGUGGGGCUCCAGCUUCCUCAACUUGCCGGAGAUGGAGAAAGUCAUGCGCUUCAACCUGGAGAAAGCCCCCGGGAUCGACCUGGAUAUCAGCGUACCUUACCCAACUGGAUUCCACCCUCACUCCAAGAAACAGAUCCUCCAAUGGCAAAGCUUCCUGCGCAAACAAAACCGCACCAGUUUGUUCACGUUCAUCGGGGCCUCACACGGCAGCUUAGACGACGAUUUUAGGUCAUUACUGCUGAGUUAUUGCUACAACGAGUCGACGGCUUGCCAUGUUGUGGACUGCGCCCUGACUCCCUGCAACAACGGUUCGUCGGUGGUGUUGAAGGCUUCCUUGAGUUCCCAUUUCUGUUUACAGCCCAAAGGCGAUAGCUAUACGAGGAGAGGGGUUUUUGAUUGCAUGGUGGCAGGUUCAAUCCCGGUGUUUUUCUGGAAGAGAACGGCUUAUGAUCAGUACCAAUGGUUCUUGCCGGGGAAACCCAAGAGUUACUCGGUCUACAUAGACCAUGAGGACGUGAGGAAAGGGAAGUCGAUAAGGAAAGUGUUGGAGGGGUAUAGCAAAGAGGAGGUGAGGAAGAUGAGAGAGAAAGUGAUCGAGACUGUACCAAGUCUUGUGUAUGCUAGGCCUAAAGAUCCGUCAGAGAGUAUUGGAGAUGCUUUUGAGAUUGCCGUUGAAGGUGUUCUGGGAAAGCUCAGGUACGAAAAAAUAUGGAAUGAAGAGUGGAAAGAUGACGAAGAUGAUGAGAAUGUACUGACAAGGUAACGAUCCUUUGAGAACUGUUAUCGUUUCCCCAGGUGCAAAUAUACAGUGGGAGUUGAGGAGAAACAGAGAAAACCAUGCCUGGAUGGGAUUAUCCAUACCACCUGAAUCCUGCUACUUAGAUUUGCAAUAUUCACAGUGACGGUAGAACUUCCAUAGUAGGUAGUCGCUCCUGUUAGUUCUGAAUUUUACUUUAGUCUUCUAUAACGUACACAACCAAGGCGUAGUGAGUCGGAAAGAUAAUAAAAUCACUAAGGAGCUGGUUAUAGCUUCGAUGUCUUACAUCACAGCUCAGCCACCGCAGGCUGCUGGUUUGGUUUUAGAUUUAUAUUUAUAAUAGAAAAGAUGGGGUAGAACAGAAUAUCUUUAGAUUGACAAAUCUUGUAAUGUCAGCAUUUUUACUUAUGGCGAACAGCAGAAAAGGGUAAAACCUUGGAUAGACCUAGUCUUGUAGGUCUAGUGA